GCCAUCUUACGCAUCUCUAGCAAGCAGCUGUGACAACCAAACGAGCAGCGCAUUUCUGGAAAAACAUUUACAAUUAAUUGUGUAAGCUGCCGCUGAGCUAAAAAACAAACCCGAAAUAUGACUACAGCCGCACGUCCCACGUUUGAUCCCGCCCGCGGUGGCUCUGGGCGUGGCGAGAAGGAUUUGAGCGCUUUGAGCAAACAGUACUCGAGUCGCGAUUUGCCAGGCCACACCAAGCUGAAGUACAGGGAGCCAGGACAGGGCACAACCGAGGAGAUCCGCAGCCGCGACUUCCGCAAGGAGCUGGAGGAGCGUGAGCGCGAGGCGCGUCCUGGGGCCACCUCGGGCAAGGCCCUACCCUCGAUUGUGCGCAAGGCCAUCGAGGCAAACAACGCCAGCGGCAGCACCAACAAGCGUGCCAAGGUUGAUGGCCAGGUGCUGCAGCAACAACAGCAGGCCAAUCUCGAUGCGGACGAGGCCUUGGACAACGACUCUUCCGAUUCGGACAGCGACUCUGACGACGAUGAUGCCGCCCUGCUGGCCGAGCUGCAGAAAAUUAAGCACGAGCGCCUGCAGGAGACAGCCCGACGAGAUGCCGAGAAAAGUCGCGAGGAUGAACGUAUCCGCAUGGAGAACAUUCUUUCCGGAAAUCCCCUGAUUAACUACGAGCCGGGCACUGCGGCCUCCGCAGCCGGACGGGCCUCUGGCCUGGGCGGUGACCUCAAGAUCAAGCGCCGCUGGGACGACGAUGUCGUGUUCAAAAACUGCGCCAGAUCGGCGCCCGAAAAAAAAACGCACUUUGUCAACGACGCCUUGCGCUCUGAUUUCCACAAGAAGUUUAUGGACAAGUACAUUAAAUAGACGGAUUAAGAACUAAGAACCAUGCUAGGAUUUAAUUGAAAAUGUAAUGAUUAAGAACUAAAUCUGUAUAACUUUCAGCUGCUUUCUGCAGGCAAUUAAUUAAAAUCGACAUUUUGUAUAC